AUGGUGAAUCCAAUUACUGAAUCUGAUAACAAGUGCCCCAUUUGUGACACAGAAUUUGCUGAGAUAAUCAUGGAUAACAUAAUGGAUCAAAGUGAUAAUGCUAUUGAUUUAAGGUCUACUUGGAUGUUCAUACUUUAUGCCCCAAUAUUUCUAGGCUUGAUGGGUGCAAUUAGCCCUCUUAUUCCCCCCGGCGAAGACGAGACAGAGAACGAACUUACGACGACGACGAGAAGAGGAUCGACUAGUUAUGUAAUGCAUCUAUUCCGAGGUCUUCAUGUUAGGAGCUUUAAUAAUAAUAAUCGUAGUACUCGCAAUAGAAGUAUAGAUGCCAGCAACAUGGUUGUGAUUGAUCCGUUUACGGACGGAGCCUUGAUUUUUCGAGUUCCGAACAUGAAUCAUCAUACAACAACAAGCAAUCAAAAUGAGAGCACGAGCAUUGGAUCCUUCCAUGAGUUUCUGGUGGGAUCAGGAUUUGAUUUGUUGCUACAGCAAUUGGCACAGAACGGAGGAAGUGGAUAUGGAAGUGUUGUGAACCCGCCAACAAAGAAGGCAGCAAUAGAAGCAUUGCCGAGUGUGAUUAUCAGUGAAGAGAUUUUACAGUGCAUGGUUUGUUUGGAAGAGAUUGAGAUUGGAAAUGAAGCAAAGGAGAUGCCAUGUCUCCAUAAAUUUCAUGGUGACUGCAUAAUCUCAUGGCUUAAACCUCAUAGUUCAUGCCCUGUUUGUAGGUUUCAGAUGCCUUUUGAGGAUUUCAUAGCUGAAAUUAGCAACGAUGGGAAUCAAAAUAGUGAACUUGUCACAGGAUCAAGAAGGAACUGGUUUCCAAUGCUGCAAUCGUUUAAUAAUUUUCUUCCACCACCUUGA